AUGGAAAGCUACAGAAGAGGUUCAUUGAAGGAAGCAGAGAGUUUGACUGAUUAUAGGCAAAAGAAGGUGGGUGUUAUAGGAGCAGGAGUGAGUGGGCUUCUUGCAACUAAAUAUUUACUGAGCAUAGGUCUGAAACCCACUGUAUUUGAAGCCAAAGAAGGACUAGGAGGAAUAUGGAGACAAACUUUUGCAUCAACAAAAACCCAGACCCCUCGUCCUGCUUACCAAUUUACUGAUUUUCCAUGGCUAAGUCAUGUUACUACCCUUUUACCCAAUCACAACCAGGUUAUGGACUAUUUUAACAGUUAUGCAAACCAUUUUGGGCUGCUUGAUUGCAUUCUGUUUAAUACCACAGUGGUGGAGAUUCGAUAUGGUGGCAAUGAAAGUGGUGCAUCUGCUGGACUAUGGGGUAAGAAUGGUGGCCCUUAUGAUGAUGGGGAAGUUUGGGAAUGGUAUCACUUUGAUUUCUUAGUUUUAUCCAUUGGUAAAUAUGGAGGUCUACCAAAAAUCCCAUCAUUUCCUGUAAAUAAAGGACCAGAAGUAUUUGAAGGAAAAGUUUUGCAUACCAUGGAUUACUCUGCCUUCAAUGAAAAGGAGGCUUAUGAAACUGUCAAAGGAAAAAGGGUUGUAAUCAUUGGAUAUCAGAAAUCAGCAAUGGAUUUUGCUGUGGAAUGUGCUGAGGCAAAUCAAGGAGACAAUGGCCCUCCUUGUACCAUGGUUUUUAGAAGAACCCACUGGAUGAUUCCUGAGGAUUAUUUGUUCUGGGGAGUACAUCUACAAUAUUUAUAUUGCACACGUUUUACACAAUUUUUACUUGGAAAACCAAACCAGGGUUUUCUCUUGAACUUGAUAGCAUUCCUAUUUUCUCCAUUGAGAUGGGCAAUAAACAAAUUUGUGGAGCUUUCUGAGCUUUGGAGAUUUCCUCUGAAAAAGUAUGGACUUGUUCCAGAUAUGAGUUUUCUAGAAGCAAUAACUUCUUGUAACAUCGGAUCAUUUCCUGACAAGUUAUUUCCAAAAGUAGAGGAAGGCUUGAUACGUUUUCGAAAAUCAUCUAGUUGGAGUUUUUAUAAUAAGGGAAUUGUGCUAGAUGAUGGAUCAAAGAUGGAAGCCGAUGUUGUGGUUUUAGGCACUGGUUAUGAUGGGGACAAGAAAUUAAAGAGUCUACUUCCAACUAAAUUUGGAGAUGUUAUAGAGAAAUCGGGUGGUGCACUCUCUUUAUACAGGGGGUUGAUCCAUCCACACAUUCCUCAAAUAGCCAUCCUUGGCUAUUCAGAGAGUUUGUCAAAUUUGCACUCUUCAGAAAUACGUUCCCAAUGGUUGGCUCAUUUUCUAUCUAACAAAUUAGUGAUGCCAAGUGUUAAGGAGAUGGAGAAGAAUGCAAAAGAGCUUGAAAAAUAUCUUGAAGGAAUUGCAGGUGCCUUCUUUUGGAAAACUUGUCAUGCUACUUUUCAAAUCACAGAUAAUGACGAUCUUUGUAGAGACAUGGGAAGAAACCCAAUGCGAAAAGCGAAUUGGUUUGAUGAAAUUUUCUCUCCAUAUUCUAACAUGGACUAUGGAUUGGAAAACUAA